GCGAAAUCGACAUUUCGUCUUCCCAAAGUACUGACUGACACAAAGUGAGAGAGAGAUCAGAAUCAAUGGCGGCUAAGGGUCCGUUGAAGCUAAAAUUCAAAGCAAAAGCAAAAGGAUCAAAGGGUGGAUCAAAUUCAACUUCUUCCUCCUCCUCCUCUGUUUCUUCCAAGUUCGAGGUCAUCAAGGAUUGGACCAACUGGUCACUGAAGAAAGCCAAAGUCGCUACUCACUAUGGUCUCAUCCCUCUGAUCAUCAUCAUCGGCAUGAAUUCAGAUCCUAAACCUGAUCUCUUUCAGCUUCUCAGUCCCUUUUAAUCCUCCGAUUGAAUCUUCUUCUUCCUUAGUACUGUUUUUUUAUAUGCUUUCAGUUAUGUUCCUUUUCGAUAUAUGAAAUGGAUUUGUAUUUGUUUCUGAAUUUAUAAUUCAAAGUUUNUUUUUUUU